AUGAAUUUUCAAAGAAAUUCUGUUUUUACAAGUGUGACUCAUGGUUUGAGCGCAGAUUGUCGACAAGCCAAUGCGAAACUGAGACAAACUCUGGAAAGCUACAAUUUCGGAGCCUUCUUGAUGGAAAAGACAUGCUCGAAAUGCCCGAAUGAUGAUUGCAACACUUCUUUCAUCUUCAUUCUACAACAACGAGACUUUUUUCGCCUGAAAAAUCAAGUGCAAUUCGAGAUCCCUCCCACUUUUAUCGUCCACAACUCUUUCAGCGAGCUUCUGGAGGCUGACAGAAAAAUAAGAAAGAAGUUGCUGGAAGACAACAGCUUGGGAAUUCAGGUAGGUCCAGAGAUGGCCAACAAGCUUGUCGAUGCCUGUCCACCAGUUUGUAAUAUCAUGUGCCAGACCGAUUUCAAAGUCGGGAAAAGAGACAUGGGCGAUCAAACUGAAGAAAUCGUUCGGAAAGAUGCGGAGUCGCAAUCUACACCAGAAGAACCGAUUAUUUCUGCACAGUCAUCAGAUUCUAUUCACAUGCCAACUGAAACAAAUACCAGUUUCAUCAAUAGACAUGAAUCAGUUGUUCGCCAGCUCGAAUCUCCGCUCCGUACUAUUGAAGUACAACAAGAACAGGAUGAUGAUGACGUCGUGAUUCGUCCACGCAACGGUCCUCCAAUGACCGUGAAACAAGAGGAGCCUGCUGAAGAACCAACUGAAGAAGUUGCAGCUACUGUACCAGUCAAUGUUGAGCCAAUCAAACCAGCAAGAGAAGUGAAAGAUGAGAUGAUAGAAGAAGCACCUGAAGAAGUAAUGCAACCACUCAUCGAACCGCCAGUUGAGAAACAAAUCGCGCCGCCACCGGCUGGUACUGGUAUCACCGUCGAGCUUGAGACACCAGCUGCAAUCACUCCGAGUACUCCAAACAAUCUCAAUCACUCGUUCGUUACUUCAAUGGCGUCUUUAAUGUCGAAUGUUUCUACUACCUCAACUUCAGAUAGUUUCUAUUCACCAGCUAGUUCCAAUACGUCGAUGUCCGAAAGCACAGGUGGAAGUGCCAAGAAAAGACUGAAGUUUUCAGACGUUGAAAUGUGUUCAACGUGUUGGGCAGUCUCGUACUACACAAAACUCGAAGAAUAUUGUAGUCACGUUCUGGAAAUGCAUGCCGCAAUCCCUCGCUUCAAAUGUACCAUCUGUGAUAAGAGGCUGGGUAGCACUAUCUCUGCGAAUCAUCAUAUUCGUUUCCAUCCGGAACAAGGAGAUGUGGCUAAUCCACAAGCAUUGAUUGUUCCAGAAGUAUCGGAAGAAAGUAUCCAAAAGUUCAUCAGAGCUGCCAUUCAAUGUUACCCAGAAAAAUUCCGUAAUGUCCAGUCCGACGAGAUUUAUGGAAUUAUCAGAAAUCUGCCAUAA